CUCUCUUGCUACCUACCAAUUAAUAAUGUCAAAGUCCACAAAAGAAAUGAGCUACGAAGAUCAUGAGAAACAACUGAAACACCACAAGCACUUACAGCAACUCGGCAAGCUUGGUGCUGUAGCUGCUGGUGCUGUAGCUCUGCAUGAGAAGCACAAGGCUAAGAAAGACCCAGAGAAUUCUCACAGCCACAAGAUCAAAGAGGAGAUUGCAGCAACGGUUGCAGUCGGAGCUGUUGGAUUUGCCUUCCAUGAGAGCCACAAGAAGAAAGAAGCUAAGAAAGAAAUGUGGGCUCAAGGGAAAAAUUAAACACCAUUAAUUGUGUUCUGAUGAGACUC